AUGUUUGGAGAGUUAAUUCUUAAUGAUCCAUUUCAUGGACCAUCAAGAGUUGCAGAUUCAGGCUUUGUUAAUAUGGGUGAUAUAGAAGCAAGGCUUUAUUUGAAUCUCCCUCUGAGAUUAAAUCAAAAUCCAAUCAAUUUCACAGUAGAAAUCAAAGCAAAAGGAAACACAGGACAAUACAAUACAAUUCAGAAAGUAUAUCUCGUCGAAAAUUCAUCCAAAACAGAAAUUUAUAAUAAAAAAGGUGAUAUUUCACUGGAUAAGAAUGGAAACGGCAAAAGAUCACUUAGUACUAGCAAUUUAAUCAAGAAAAUCAGUAAAAAACAGCAAGUUGUUUUCAAUUUUGAAGUUAUUCCUUCUCAAAAAACGGCAAGCUCUACAGUCGGACAACAAAAGGCAGAAAACGCUGUAAAAGUUGUUCCUCUUGAGCGUCCUGCUGCAAAACCAGUAUAUAUUUAUACUCCUCCACCAACUCCAGUAAAUACUCGCGAAGCAGUUGGUUUUAUUGGCCUAAUAAACCAAGGAUCCACUUGUUAUAUGAAUUCCUCACUACAAUCACUAUUUACAAACCCUGCAAUUCGUAAUUUAAUUUAUAAUAUUCCUAUUACUUCAAAGACGCCGAUUGAGCAAGAAAACGAUCCUGUAUUAAAUCUACAAAUACUUUUCUACAAGCUCCAAUACGAAAACGAAGCUUUAUCUACAAAUUUGUUGACAAAAUCUUUUGGUUGGAAUGAUGAAGUUUAUAUUCAACAUGAUGCAGCAGAAUUUCUUAAUGUCUUGUUAAAUACUGUUUCUCAGAAGAUUAAAUCAAUUCCUCAAUUAUUACAAAAUUUUAAUGUUUUACUUACGACGAUCUACUACAAUAUGGCUGCUCCCGUCAAUACAGAGGACUGGUCAAUGCUUGGGAAGAAGGAAGACACAAGAAUGUUGAAUGUUCCAAUAAUAAAUUCUUCAAAUGUCCAAAACGCCAUCAAAAGACUGGGAAAUCCAUCAGAUAUUGAUGACCAGAUAACAAUUAAUGGUGUUAGAACAUACGCUAAGAUGAAAACCAUUAUAGAAAAGCUUCCUGUCGUAUUAACCAUCCAAUUACUCAGACUUUCAUAUGCAAAAGGUCUUGAUGGAAGUUUCAAUAGAAUUAAACUAACUGAUAGGGUCGAAUACACUAAUUCUUUAAUCGUUGAAAGCACAUACGAUGGUGAAGUAAAAUAUAAUCUCCAUGCUGUCAUCUGCCAUACAGGAUCAGCAACAGGAGGCCAUUACUAUUCGUUUAUCAAGCCUACUUCCGAAGAAAAAUGGCUUUGGUUCAAUGAUACAAGUGUAUCAGUUGCAUCUAACGCUGAUGUCUACGAUAAGAACUUUGAUGGAGGCGCGUACAUCCUUAUGUAUGUCAUGGCCGAUGAAGAAGAGAGGUUAUUUAAAGAUCCGGCGCUUCCAUCAAAUCAAAUCACGGAAUUCUUCAAUACAUCGACCAACAUGACUGAAAUAACAGUCAUUACAGACUCAGGAGUCAUUGAGAACACGAAAGAAGGAAAAACAGGAAUAAGAUAUCCCUCAAAAGAAACAAAAAUAUCAAUUAGCCGCAUGAAAACAAUUGAAGAUGUAUGUAUACAAGCAGGUAUCAACUAUCCACAUACUAUUUUCUCAAUGGAUGGCUUCCAAAGACCAAAUUCGAUUCUUGAUCCAACAAAACCAAUCGCGGAAUCACUUGGCAACGACAAAACCAUAUUUGUAUGCCAUGAUAACAUCAGUUCUCGUGGAAUCAUCUUCCUAAAGACAUUCGAUCCCUCAUCUUUGAAGUUAACUUUCGUUGGAAUCAUUCCUAUCAACGAAGAAUCAACAAUUCUCAGUGCAACGGAAUCGGUAACGCAUGGAUUACAAGAGGGCUUCGAGUUCUUCGUUGAAGGAAUCGAUUCUGCCGAGAAAAUCGAUCCAAUUACGAAAAUCUUCGGAAAUAAUAACGACUUAGUUGGUUCAAUCAUCGUUAUUCAGCCGAAAACAGGUGCUAAACUAACAAUAGAAGACAGCAUCAUCAACUAUCUCUCGAUAAAUGAUGCUCAAAACGACGGAUUAUAUUCGACAUUUUUAGAAAUGAAGAAAUUCAUCAAAGUUGAUUUAUUCGGAAUAGAAAACACUAAAGAACCAAUUAUCUCUGUUCGAAUGCCCUCGAAUCUCCCAAUUUCCGAGUUCAAAAACAUCACUUCAUCUUUGACUGGAAUUUCUUCUGUUGAUUGUCAAUUAUUUAGACUUCGGUCAGGUACUUCUUUCAUGAGACAUGUGAGUGAAGGAAAUAUAGCGUUGAAUCCAGCAGGAGACAGUUUUGUUGUCGUUGAAUACAGAAGACAAAGUGAAGACGAAAAAAUAAUCGUUUGUGAAGUGAACGAUUCCCCUCAAAACAGAAGAUUUUUGGUCAGUUCACUUCCUAACUGGACAUUGCAAGAUUCAUUGAGAGGUACAUUAGAAUUACAACCAUUCUUUAAUGCCUUUUCUGUUGAUGAUUCUCCAUCAAUGAACAAAAUUGAAUUUGACAAAAAUUUGACACAAGAAACAAAUUACAUUUUCAUUGAUGUGAAUAACCAUGAAUCACAGAACUACGUGAAUGUUGUUGUUGAGUCUAAACACAUUGGAGAACCAUUGUUCUUUACAAUAGACAUUGACAAUGAAACUAAUUUUGAACAAAUCAAAAAUUCUGUCAAAACAAAGUUGAAUGUUGAUAAUUCCACUUUCAACAGAAUGAGAGUUUCAUUUGGAAAUAUCGGAUCAACAAUUGCUAUCAACACAACAAAGAUUGUGCCUCUUAAAGAAGCAAAUCCAAAUCUAUUUGUUAGAGUUUUGCCUUCGAGUUCUGUAACUUCUACAGAGAGAUCUAUUAUUUUCUAUAACUAA